GAGAGGGGGAAUCGGAAAGCUAGAACGAAAAGGACGGCGGAGGGUGGUGGUGGUGGAGAGAAGCUGCGGAGGGAAUGGUGAAGCAAGACGGCAGCAACACAAAUUUCUCACGGCUUAGGGCUGGGGUAGGGGGGUAGCCCGGCCGCAUACUUGGCGCUCAGUCCUUUUUCCUUCUUUCCUCUCAGUUCCGGGGCAGCGCUGCCCACGUCGGGGCUGGUGGGUCAAGGGCCAGAGGCCAGCCGCUCCUGAAGGGUGGCUCUCUACCACCUCCGGGGCCGCCCCCUCCUGCAUUCCCUCAGGGUCUGAGUCCGCGUCCCCCAGCAGACCCGCCAGCUCCAGGGCAGUUUUCCACCCGGUGGGCGGGUCUCAGAGCGUGCUAAACGCUCUGUCCAGGCGGACUGAAGGGGCCAGGGAGGGGCGAGGCAAGGGGCGGGACGAGACCUAGUUAACGACCCCUCCCCGACUCUCCCCCCACCGCCCCCUCUCCGCCGCCGGGAAGGCUCUGUCCCGUCCCGCCAAGCCCGCAAGGGUUAAAGGCGGCCGCAGGUGAGGUGGGCGGGGCCGCAGAGUCGGGGAAAAAGGAGCGCAGGGCAGUGGAUGAAGGCAGAGCGCGGGGUGAGUCACGGGCGGAGCUGGCCUUGCUCGCGCGCCCGCUCGCCGGCUCCCGCCCAUCCCCGGCCCUCCCGCCGGCUCUCUCCGCCCCCCUCCGCCGCCCGCCGCGGGGUCUGGUCGCAUCCCCAGCUCGCCCUCAGCUCCCGCGCCUCGCUGCUGGGGAGCCCGCCGGCGCGCUGGGCCGCGGAGCACCCGUCCGUAGCGCGCUAGCCCGCCGUGCCGGAGAGCCCGAGCGCAGCAUCGAGGUCCCACCUGAGGUGCGCCUGACUGUCCUUGAUCCCCACCCCACCCCGGAUCCCGGCAAUGCUAACCGCUGUCUGUGGCUCUCUGGGCAGCCAGCACCCGGACGCGCCUCACGCCUCCCCGCCGCGCCUCGAUCUGCAGCCUCUCCAAACAUACCAGGGCCACACGAGCCCGGAGGCCGGGGACUACCCCUCCCCGCUGCAGCCUGGAGAGCUGCAAAGCCUCCCGCUGGGCCCGGAGGUGAACUUCACACAGGGCUGUGAGCUACCUGGGGCCUCCUCUCGGGUAACCUGUGAGGACCUGGAAAGCGACAGUCCCUUGGCCCCAGGACCCUUUUCCAAGCUCCUGCAGCCGGACAUGUCACACCAUUACGAAUCGUGGUUCCGGCCGACUCACCCAGGCACCGAGGAUGGCUCGUGGUGGGACCUUCAUCCGGGCACCAGCUGGAUGGAUCUUCAGCACACUCAGGGUGCGCUGACCUCAACUGGCCACCCCGGAGCUCUUCAGGCUGGCUUGGGGGGCUACAUCGGAGACCACCAGCUUUGUGCCCCGCCGCCGCACCCACACCCGCACCACCUCCUCCCAGCCGCCGGAGGGCAGCACCUCAUAGGGCCUCCCGACGGGGCUAAGGCCUUGGAAGCAGCCGCCCCGGAGUCGCAGGGGCUGGAUUCCAGUCUGGACGGGGCAGCCCGGCCCAAAGGCUCCCGGCGGUCAGUGCCCCGAAGCUCAGGCCAGACCGCGUGCCGCUGUCCCAACUGUCUGGAGGCCGAACGACUGGGGGCUCCGUGUGGGCCCGACGGGGGCAAGAAGAAGCAUUUGCACAAUUGCCACAUCCCGGGAUGCGGGAAAGCCUACGCCAAGACGUCCCACCUGAAAGCGCACCUGCGUUGGCACAGCGGCGAUCGUCCCUUCGUGUGCAACUGGCUUUUCUGCGGCAAGAGAUUCACGCGCUCAGACGAGCUGCAGCGCCACCUCCAGACCCACACCGGCACCAAGAAGUUCCCUUGCGCAGUCUGCAGCCGUGUCUUCAUGCGCAGCGACCACCUGGCCAAACACAUGAAAACCCACGAGGGCGCCAAAGAGGAGGCUUCUGGGGCACCCACGGGCGAGGGCAAGGCCGGCGGAGCGGUGGAGUCCCCAGCGGGGAAAGGCAAGCGGGAGGCCGAGGGCAGCGCGGCCCCCUCCAACUGAGCUCGUCGGGUACCGCCUCCCUGCUCGUCUCCCCUGGAGGCAUCAGAAGAGGGUCCCUUGGCUUGAUGCCCUUGGGGGGCGGCUUGAGUAACAGGAGAAUGUGGUUAUUUAUUGAAAGGGGGAAAAGUGGUGCGGGGCCAGGGGGACAGGGCGCUAGGGGUUUUUAGUCUCGGUGGCUGGACGGGACCCGUUAGACUGGCUGGGCCGGGAGGAGCCGUACAGGGCCCUCUGUUCUACCCUUCCUCACUGUCCGCUCACGCCCCGGGGCUGGGGGCUGGGGCGGGGUACCCCUAUCGCGGCAGGUGGGGGGAGGGGACCAGCGGAAGGAGACGGUGCUCCCCUGGAGCAGAGAGGAGUGGGGCAGCCCCAGGCGCUGAGGGUAGCUGUCUGGACGCGUCCUUAGCUCCUGGGAACCCGGACAUAAAAGCUGCGGCCCAGAUCUCUUUCAUCCGCCGUAUAGUGCUUUUACCCCUAGUGUUUUCAGAGAGAGCUGAGAUGGGGUAGGGGAAAUUGAGGGUCCCUCUAAUGGAGGGGUCUCUCUCUGGCUGGGAAAUAACUCCUUUAAUGCACCUCCUUAUUAACCCUCCCAGACAGUCUGAUGGAGCCACGAAGGAAGAAGGGUAGAAGGCCAGAAUCCAGAUAACUUCCUAGCCAGAACUGUGGGGUGGAGGAGAGAACUAGAUUGGGGGGUGGGGAGGGAAGCAGGGGGAUCAAGGACAUCCCCUUUCUAAAAUGAGAGAAAGGGAACUAAGCCCUUCCCUCUCUGGCUUGGUUUUAGUCUUUAAACCUUGGCCUUUAUAAAAAAUAAAUAGUUCAGCAGUCCACAUUCCCCAUCUGUUACUGAUGUAGGUUUUCAAGGAAGCCAGAAGACCCUGAUCUAGAAUUGAUGCGGCCCCCUCAUUCUAGGUCCUUCUUCAUUUGUCUUCCUCUCAAGGAUGGAAGGAAGAGGGUUACCUUGUUGCUUGGGGCUAGGUAGGGGUGUCCCAGCAGAGGGAUCUCCAGCAGCUCCCACUCAGAGUGGAGGACUCUGCCCCUAACUGGCCAUCUCCUGCUCACCCGGAAGCUAAGCCUCACCCUUUCUUUAGCAGGACCCUUCCCUUUCCCUGCUGCAGGCCUGGCCCCUCCUGCAGAAUGUGUCAGGGGCUCCUUCCUCCCAUCCAGCCUAUGGGGAAGGAGGGCUCCCUUCCGUAUGAAGGAGUUGUUCUCCCACUGGAAGGAGUCUGCCUGCUGAGGUGAUGUCCAGGAAGCUGUCCCUGUUCCCUUCUUUAGAUGCUAGAAAUACAUCCUGAUUGUGAUCCUGGAGUGGGGAGGGGCUGAUGGGGAAAGGGUCUGGAGCUGGUGGGCUUUCCCAGGCUCAAGGUGAAGCAGUAAGAAUCCCACUGGCUUCUGUCCCCCUCCGCUGCUCUAUCUCCACCCAGUACCCUAUGUGAGGAUUAGUUGUAUAUUGAUUUUUAAGUUAUAAGCAAAAGGUAUUUUAUUUAAUAUUAGGGCAUGUGUGUGUGUGUGCAUGCUGUGUGUACUCGUGUGUGUGUGUGUGUGUAUGUGUGUUUCUCUACUGAGCCUGGGGUCUCUAGCCAGGGAGACCCCACCUUGUUCACCCCUGUCCAGGGUCCUGUGGCCUAGGCCCGUAGCCUCUCUUCCUCCCUUGGGGUCGCUGGAGCCCAGUCCAAGGACUAGGAGCUUUAUGGGAAGUGGGGCUGGGAUCUGGGUGGGAACAUGUGUUUGUGUAGGAUAGAGUCCUUCUUAAAAGGGACAGGGAGACUCUCUGAGGAACUUAUGGGCGGGCCUGGGGUAGUUUAAGAAGUAAUGUUCUUUCUUUAUGCUCCCUCUUUUCCCUACCUCCUGCUAACCCAAUCAGAGGUCCCUUUCCUUGCUGAGAGGGUUGGGGACAGGAGAGAGUUGGCAGUGCCUGCUGGUUGCCUGGUGAGGGGGAAAAGGGGUGGGCAUCGUGGGUGUGGGAUGCCUUUCUCCUCCACCCAUUGAAACCAGUCACCCUCUCCCUGUGCAACCAGGGCAGCCUUUUCCAGUGACCAUUCUAAGGAGAACUCCCAAAUUGGUGUUGGGGGUGGGGGUGGCACACAGAUGUUCCUCCCAUAGUGGCUGGGGCUCUCAGGUGUGUGGGUGAGGGGUUUGGGUAGGUUUUCUUCUGCUCCCCUCCUUAUAGAUCUAGGUUGCUUGGCUGUCUGCCCCCUUUAGGCAGCCCCCUGGAGAAGAAAUGUAGGAAUUUUUUUUCUUUAACUGCUGUGAACCCACUUUGGAGGGGAGGAGGAGGAGGAAGAAACUGCCUGUGUUUUUUAUGCCAUAAUAAAGUCAUCAACUACA